GGCAACAUACCACUUAGGUCUUCUGUGAGUUAUUUUGCCGAUACUUCUCAUAAUUUGAGAGCAGACUUCGUCAAAACUAUCUUAAUUUCUCUAUACUUGUCACUUACACCGAGUUCUCAUUUGGUGUAAAAAAAACGCAUUUUUCUAGACAUCGGCUGAGGGGGAACGUCAAGCUUUAAGAAGUUCGGAACCUAACAAAGUAUUUGUGAUUCACACCACUGAUCCAGGGAAACGAAGGAGAGACUCGUUGAAAAUACAACUGUGUCAUGGAUAUUUCCGACGAGGAAAAUGAAAGUGGAAAUGAUGUCGGUGCAAAUGAUACUCCCGAAGAGGAAAAAGAAAGUGUAAUUGAUGACCCUGCAAAUGACAAUUCUGAAGAGGAAAAACAGAGCGGAUUUUUUGUCCCUGCAAAUGAUCUCGCACGUCUAAUUACAAUCAUGAACGACGAGAAAGAAGAUUUAGAUAAGAACGGAAAAGAUCUAGUCGAGGAACAUGCGCAUCUUGUCACGAAAAGCAGAAAAAGAAAGUCUGCUCAGCGACAUCUCUCUUUUGCCAAGCGAAUUGGACAAAGAGGCCAGAAAGAUAUCAUGCCCGAUCAGUCACUUGUUCGAUUUGUUGUUGAUGGAGAAGAUUGCGAUAAUCUAUGCCUGGAUAAGCCUUCAAUUGAUCUAGAUCGCAUUCUCGAACAAGAUUCGGUAGAUUAUGAUGGUAUCACUUACAAGAAAAACAGAUGCUACAAGCACAAAGUGGACGGAGAUAGAGUAUUUGGAAUCAAACAUUUUCUACGAGAAAUCAACACAGCUUCAGAACCAGAAUCAUGCGUUUCAGCCUAUUGUGUUGAGAUCAUCCCAUUUAAUAGAACGGUGUUGGAGACAGUUAACCCAACUCCAGAAUUGAAGUUCAUACAGCGAUGUGGCUCGGAGAGAGAAAUUCAUCUUUCUGAAUUUGAAAAAGAAAUUGAGAAAUCGCCGCCAUUACCGCCGUUUAUGUAUCAUGAACGCCAAUCGGGAUCAAGCCAUUUGUUGUUCGGAUUGGAGGAUGCCUCCAAGGCACCGCAAAGAAAUGGACCCAGAGAUCUCAUAAAGUCAUCUUUGAGAGGAAUAGAUUUCUUUGCUGGCGCUGGACUCAUGUCAAAUGGUUUUCAAGCAGUUGGAUUGAAUAUUGUGGUUGCUGUUGAGAAAAAUGAAGAUGCCAUCAAGAGUUACGGAAAAAUACAUGGCGCUAAGGUAUCUAAGGUAUCUGAAAUAAGUUCCMACGAAUGCAAACAGAUUCUUUCAACAAGGGAAGGCAAAAUUGCAUUUCAUGAUACUGUGGAAACUUUCUUACAGAGAUGUGCACAGGAUUUCUCCUUCAAAGAAGCUCUAGGUACAAUCGACUUCGUCGUUACAUGUUCCCCAUGCCAAGGUUUCUCAAAGCAAAAUGUCUUUAAGCAAGGAAACGUUGAGCAAAACAAUAACGAGUCUUUACGAAUUCUAAACGCAGCAGAGUUGUUGCAACCGAAACUUUUUGUUUUUGAAAACGUUCUAGGGAUGUGGGAGGAGAGAAAUAUCAAAGGAUAUCUACAAAAGAUGGUCAAUGGACUCACUUUUGAUUUUGGUUACAAUGUCAAGGUUGGAAAACUAUGUGCCGCCGACUUUGGUGACCCCCAACUGAGACCACGGUUGAUUCUCAUUGCUUCUCUUUCCCAUAUUGGUGUUCCAGUAUUUCCAAAUCCGACCCACAGUCCGAGUUAUUUGUGCAAUACUGUGUCUGGUGGAUUGUUUCCUUACGUCACAGCAAAAGACGCAUUGAUCAUGGAAGAAAAAAAGCAUCCAGAAAGUGAACUACUCAUCAACGACGAUGGAAAAGUUCGAGAUCCAAACAAACCUACAACCACGGUAUUGGCAAGUAAAUCAUCCGCUCAUUACAAUCUGAAUCGGUUCUACUCUCUCUCCGAAAACGCUAUUUUGAUGGGGCAGUCGUCGGAUUUUGUAUCGAAGCUCGUCGGGACCAACAAGUCAAAACAACGACAGAUAGGCAAUGGUGUGUCCAUGGGCAUGGCACAGGCAAUCGCCCGAUCUUGCUUCGAAGUAUUCAGAUGGUGUUGGAAAGAAGCCCCAAAACCCCGAACGACACUGGUGCCCAAAAGAUCCGACGAAGAGGAACUGGAUUGGUUAGUAACUACUGACGACGAGAGCAAUGGGGAAGUUGAUGUGAAGGAUCUCAGGAAAGAAACCUCUAUCGAGAUGAAAAAUAAAACAGAUGACAAGGGGCCCGGUGAGGAAUCACCAUUUGUACCGGGAAUAUCACACGAAGUUGUCAUCGUUGAAGCUGGUAGCAAGAAGUCCGGCGAAGAAACCUCCGUGAACAGGAUGAAAAGUGAACUAGAUGGCAAGAAGCCUGGCAAGGAAACAUCGAAUAUGCUGGUAAUGUCAAAAAAUGAAGAAAAAGUGGAAGCUUAUAGCAAUCAACCCGAUAAAAAAACUUCAACAUUGUUAGAAAGAAUGUCCGAUGAGGAUGUAAAAUACGAAUCAGGUGGCAGCGAGCCCAGCAAAGAAAUACCUAGCUCAUCUAAAAUGGUAGACAAGAGUGUAAAAAAGGAAGCUGAUAGAAAAACAGAUUUGUUCAACAUGUCUGACAAGGAUGUAAACUCUGAAGCUGAUCGCAAGAAAAUCAGCAGAGAAAGAUCUAUUUUGUUGGCCACGUCUAACGAGGAUGUAGCACCAAGAGCUGAUCUCAGGAGGUUUCUCGAUAUCAAAGACACUCAUGCUUUAUUGGAAAGAUCUGACAAUGAUGUUUCUCCCAAAGCUGUUGGCAAGGUGUCAGGUGGCAAAGAUAGACCCGUUUUGUUGGAUGUAUCCGAACCUAGCAGAGAAAGAUCUAUCUUGCUGCACACAUCUAACGAGGAUGUAGCACCGAAAGCUGAAAUCUGUUUACCCGGCAGCGCAGACAAUCAUGGUUUAUUGGAAAGGUCUGACAAUCAUAUUUCUUCCAAAGCUGUUGGCAAGGUGUCAGGUGGCAAAGAUAGUCCCAUUUUGUUGGAUGUAUCCAAACCCAGCAGAGAAACAUCUAUUUUGUUGGACACAUCUAACGAGGAUGUAGCACAGAAAGCUGAACUCUGGUUACCCGGUAGCAAAGACACUCAUGAUCUGUUGGAAAUGUCUGACAAUGAUGUUUAUCCCAGAGCUGUUGGUAAGGUGUCAGGUGGCAAAGAUAGUCCCAUUUUGUUGGACGAGUCUGACGAAGAGCUUGAAUCUUAGAUCAAUAGCAAGGUUUUGGACAAGAGAAGAGCGACCCUCUCUUCUUCUUUUUUCCUUCCUCGGAAAAAUAGUACAAAGAGAUAAAGGAGGAGAUCUUGUCCGAAAGUGAUAACUGAUAACCCUUGAGAUUACUCUUCAGACGACUCUGUUGAUGGAUUUUCCUUAAUUAACAUGACUCAUGGCG